GUCAAAAACACUGAAGGAGUCAAAAUUUGGACAAGCACAGCGGCAGGAAGUUUUACCGACCGCACCGCUGAUUAAAAGCGGCUACUUGAGGGGAGUCAUCGGAGGCUUUUCACCGACUUUUCCACGGAUUGUAAACUCUGGAGUAGCAGGAGCUUAACCCAGCUAACGUUACGGUGGCUAUCGUGCUGUUUUCAAAGUGCGGUGAGUGGGAGCCGACAUACCUCCGAGACAACUCAGCUUCACCCAACACCCUGGAAUACACUCUGUAGUUUGUGUACCGAGACCGCAGGGAGAAGAUCCGCGGAGCUCCGGGCCCCCGGUGUAGGAGGGUUUUUAUAGCCGCCUCUUCGAGCAUCGUGUGCCGCGGCAGGAGAGGAGAAACAUGGCAGAUGGUGACAUGCGCCCGGCCGCAAUGUGGCGGAUCGUGCAGACCUGAGGCACGGACUUUUCUUAUGCGUACAUUUUUCUCAUCUCCUCACUUUUUUAUAAAAACAAUUUAAACACUAUCAUUCAGUUGCUUUUUUAAAAUAUUACACCACUUUUUCCCCCUCGCUUGAAGUCUCUUUGGUGGGUUAGUUACAGCGCAUCAAAAUAGAGGCCAAAGACUCAUUAACUUGAUGUUUUUACACUUUUCUGGCAGUCGGAGAACAAAACCAUUGCUCGGAUAAUCAGCCGCUGCACGUUUUUACACUUGACUUUGCUCUACUGGACUAAUCUGUGACUGUUUGAGGAUCUUUUUUGGGGAUUUAAAAAAAAAAAUUGUGUCGAGCUUUUUUCUGGCUUGUGGCGAGUCCAGACAUCACGUUGUUUACAAGUGGAGGCUCUCCUCAGAAGCUCCUUUGUAACCGCUAAUCCCUGUGUGUUGCCUUCAUAGCUUUACAGUAAACAUCCUCGGGUUAAAUUUCAACAAAAGGAUGUGUAAUUAGACAAAUUUGGUACUUAAAAAAACACAAUUAAUUGAUUCAUCCUUAAACUAUUGCCUACUUUUUACCAGACAGUUUUAAAGUAUACUUUUUUGACAUUUACCCUUUUGACAUAUAUAUGUAUAAAUUGAGUGAUUAAUAACGGGAAUGGCAUUAUUUUACAUGCGUUCAGGAUUUUCUCAUUCAUUCACAGUUCAGCCAAAACUUGUGUAGCUCCAGAUGUUUUGGUGCUCUGUGCCACUCUGCCAUUUUUGUUUUUAUUUCAUUCAAACAAAGGGACUGUCAUCCCAGCCCUCCUUCAUGCUAUAUACAUCUGAAGGUUUAUGAUAGUUACUAUUAAGGAGAUUAUUUGGGUUCCCUAAUCUCCAAUCUGAGGAUUAACCGAAGCUAUUGGUGUGUCCAGAUUAUUACGUCUCUUUUUUUCGGCCCCACUGUUUACACCCCCGCAGCGGCUGAAGCAUAUUGUUUUUGUGUCCGGAUAGUCCUUGAACGCAUCACUCGCUGCAUAUUAACUCCCAGUUAUUUUUAAGGUAAAUGUUUUAAGGGGUUCAGAUUUUUUGCGUUGACUCGAGGUUCAGAGGAUCGCCAUGGAGGAGUCAUCGGUUCCCCCCAUUGACCCAGAUUUCGAGCCACAGAGCAGACCCCGGUCUUGCACGUGGCCGCUCCCCAGACCCGACAUCUCGGCUGUCAAACCGGAGGGCGCGGAUGGCACCGAGUCCGCCGCCGGGACCCCGCCCGCCGACGAGGACAAGCCCGAGCAGCAGCAAAUCACGUCCGAGCCCGAGAAGGCAGCGGCGGCGGCUGAGGGCGGGGCCGUGGCCGGUGUGGGCGGAGCCGGAGCGACGCCCCGCAAGGGAUCAUCCCGGCGCAACGCGUGGGGGAACCAAAGCUACGCAGAUCUGAUUAGCCAGGCCAUCGAGAACUCACCUGAGAAGAGGCUGACCCUGGCCCAGAUCUACGAGUGGAUGGUGAAAACAGUGCCUUACUUUAGAGACAAAGGAGACAGCAACAGCUCAGCUGGGUGGAAGAACUCAAUCCGCCACAAUCUAUCACUCCACAACAAGUUUUUGAGAGUACACAAUGAAUCAACAGGCAAGAGCUCCUGGUGGAUGCUCAACCCAGAAGGAGGAAAGACCGGGAAAGCUCCUCGCCGCCGGGCCGCCUCCAUGGACAACAGCAGCAAGCUGCUGAAGAGCCGCAUGAGAGCCAAGCAGACCAAGAAGCAGGCGGGGGCGGCAGGCAGCGGGGCGCUGCAGGGUGAUGGCAGCACAGGCUCAGCUGGUGCAGACAGCCCUAAUUCAUCUCAGCAGUUUUCCAAAUGGGGGGUCAACAGCAGCAGCCCCUCGUCCCGCGGCAGUCUGGACGAUACCGACAUGUGGACGACCUUCCGCCCACGCACAAGCUCUAACGCCAGCACCCUGAGCGGACGCCUGUCCCCCAUCGCUCCUGGCCAGGAGGAUGACGACAACCUGCCUGAAGACGGGCUGCUGGGAAGGUACACCGCCCCCACCCUCACCGAGACCCUCAUGGAGGAGCUGGAUCUGAUCGAUGGCCUGACUUUGAUGACUGGACAGCAGGGAGGAGCCAGCCCCAGCACAGCCCCUCCAGCACCUCCCACCCCGCUGCCCUCCGCCUCCACUCUGCUGCCUCGCGGCUCCAGCUUCUCCACCUUUCAUCAGCUGCAACCCUCCAGCAUCCCGCAGGCCCCCACUCACACAGGGACCCAGGCCUCUGUCUCACAGUGCGGACCCAGCAGCAAAGAGCCGUCGACUUUUAGCAACUCCCUCUUCAACCCCAUGCCCAGCUCGGGGUCUCGUGGGAGCAGCCACUACAGUACCCACGUGCCUUCCAGCCUGGAGGCGUUGCUCACCUCGGACUCCCCUCCCCCGAGUGAUGUCAUGAUGACCCAAGUGGAUCCUGUCAUGCCCAGUCCUGGAGGGGUGGGCUUGAUGGGCAUGGGCGCAUCCGUGGUGGGCGUGAGGCCCAAACCUAAUCAGCUCCUGUUGGGUAAAGGGCUCGAGCCGAACACAGUGGCACCGAUGGGGCUGCAGGCUCAGAUGCAGCCGCAGCAACACCACCUUCAUCAGCAGCACCAGCAGCACCAGCAGCACCAGCAGCACCAGCAUCACUCUCAGAUGGGGUUGGGGAUGAUCCUCUCAGGUAUGUCUCAGGACCCGUCACAGCUCUCCGCUCUCAAAGCCCAGCAUGCCGCAGUGCCAGCUGUGGGACCUCACCACGGAGUCGCCUCAGCCAAUCCCAGCGCAAGCCUGCAGGGGAUGGCUCAGUUCGGAGUUCCGUCCUGUUUCCAGACUGGUCAGGACCGCCUGCCCACAGACUUGGACAUUGACAUGUUCACCGAAAACUUGGAUUGUGACGUGGACUACAUCAUCAACAGUGACCUCAUGGACGGAGAUGGCAUUGAUUUCAACUUUGACCCCAUACUGCCUGGAGGCCAAGGCUACGCCGGCCCGGCCUCCACACAGGGCUCCGCUCACAACUGGGUGCCCAGUUAAUUCCACAGCUGACCACACAAAGUUAGCCAGGAACUGAUCUCCAAUCAAAAUAACCUCACAAACCACAAAACGACCGGUGCAUCUCUCCGCCCUGCUGGCUGAAGACACUUUUUUUCAAAUUCAAUGUUUCUAUUGGGACUUUAAAGACAAAACCAGACCUCACUCAUGUCAUGUGCCAAGACAUGCAGAGGACAGGGAGGAGAUUCAGGCUACUAUGCACACUUUUUUCAUUUUCACACUUUUUUUGUUUUUUUGUUUUGUUUUUUGUAACACUUGCAACAUUUUGGCUGCUAGCCAUUUUUUUCUUUUAAUCCGAACUGAGGAUUUUUAUAGAUGUGACAUAAUGUGUUAGAGUGAAAAGACAAAUCAGCAGCUCCCCUCUGCCGGGAGUUCAGAUUGUAAUGAUCUUACACCAGAAUAGCUUUAUGGUGGAUACGGUACCCAUGAUCUCGACGUCUUUGGGAUUGAAGACUCGAUGGACUGUGCGUUUUGGAGAAAUGGCCAGUUUUCCAUCGAAACACUCGCCUCACAUGAACUGCCAGACCAAACAGUGAUUGGUCAUCUGGACGAGGGGCAGAGAACAAGUGUUGAGGCUCGUUGUGAACAGGUGGAAGAAAAAGACUGGACAGCUCUUAAAACGUUUGAUUCAGCAUUGAUGGCUACACAUCUCUGUGACUGCGACCGAUAACAUGUACGAUUACAUUUCUCUCUCGCUGGAGAGAGAGGGUGAAAGAUGAUGCAUAUUUUCCUCCAAUGAAAUUUGGUGAUUCACCAGUAAUUGGGUAUGUAUUUGCAGUUUGGCAUUUUUUUGACUUCAAUCCAGUGUGUUAAAGUGAUGCAUAGAUGUGAGUUAGAGGGUGUUUUUCUUUUGUUUUUUUUUAAAUCCCUGAUGUGCAGUUAACUAACAAAAUGAAGAAAUGUGAUUUUUGAAUUUAUACACAGGGCAUUCAAGGGUAAAUUUAUUUGCCAACAAGUGAUUGGUUGGCCAAGUAUUAUUUUGUCUUAGACAGCAGUACACAUCCACUGUUGAAUGGUCUACCUGAUUUAUUUUUUUCUUCAUCGAGCCUGUGCGUUUUCAAAGCACUUAUGUUUCCUGCUACACAGGGACCCCAAACUAAGAGAAUACAUCCACAUGAGGUUUUACCAUUUCAUUUAAAAAAAGAGAAUUUAAGAAUCCUGUAAACAUGUAAUGCACACGUUGCACAUGUACUUAAAUGACACGCUAUGCAGAAUUAUCAGGAGAACUAAAUGAAAUCUUGAAGGAAAUUUGAAAAUCACUUCUUGAAGGUUUUGCUAUUUAACAUUUUCCUGAUAUUUUGUCGGGGAUGGGGUCGAUUGAGGGAUGUCUGAAUAUCCUCUCACACUUUAAUUAUUCAGUACUAACUUGAAAGAAAUUAAUUCACUGUGUGAGAAGUACAAAAAAAAGAAUAUAUUUGAUUAUAGUUUUAAUAUACAAUUUAGAUGGAGGUAAUAAAUGAGAUAUUAAUACAUAUGGAUAUAUUACUAAUGACAAGUGAUUUUUUUUUACAUUGGAGGAAGCAUUUUCAGAUAAUUUUUAACGGUAAUUUUCUAUACGUUUAUUUUUGUAAAGGAUGAGAUGCAUGUAGAUUUUUUUACAUAACCAAAGGAACACUAAUAUUUGCAUUUGCAUGGCAUUUAGGGAGCGCUUGAGCCUGACACAGUAUCUCAGUGUACAUAAGCUUUGCAAAAGAUGCCUGUAACAUGAAAUCUGACUUUUGAAAGACAAUUUUGAGGCGAAGUGCAUCAAUACUUGACCAUUGUAACAAAAAUCCCCGGGGAUCUUCCUCACAAGGGUUUUAUUUUCUUUUGGCUUUUCUGCAUUAACGGUGCCGUGUGUAGGAUAUAGUGGCAUCUAGUGGUGAAGUUGUAGAUUGCAACAAACUGAAUACCACUCCUUCUCCCUCCCUUUCCAAGUAUGUAGGAGAACUUAUGGUGGCUGGGAAAACAACCAAAGACCCUACGAAGAGCCAAUGUUUGAUUUUUCCAUUCUGGGUUACUGUAGAGACAUUGAGGGCUCCGUGCAAGAGGACCCGCCCCGGCUUUGAAGCCAAUUUGACAUAGUGCCCAAACUGUAUAAUUACAAUGUUAUACAUUUUGAAAUCAGCAGAUACAUUUUUUUAGCUUCACAACCUCCUCAAAUUGACUUGUUUCACAAUCAGAAUUUAAUCCAUUCAGUCUGAUCACAUUUGUAAAGUCUAUAAGAGCCGCAUGAGUUAAUUGUUUCAUUCCCACUCAAGUUAGCUGGAGGGCUAAACUGGAAAAAGCUGACUCGGCCCGUGGAAGUCGCUAGUGUGCUUGGCCCCACAAAUGCAGACGCUGUGUGGAAGAAGUCAAACUUUUUUGUCUUCAUAGCGCAUUUCAUACACAAUGGCAACUCAAUGUGCUUUACAUAAAACAUUUAACAGUAAGAAUUGGUAUAGAUGGCCCCGCCUGCGACGCUGUAUCCAGUCGUCUUAAUACAUCCAUGAUGUAGAAAUAAAGACACAAUGAUUCCUGUUUUCAGGUGAUUAUACACUAACAAAAACAUACUUAUGAAUAUUAUAUUCAAUUUACGUUACACUAGAUGUUACUAAAUUCUACACACUGCACCUUUUAUUGUGAAUCCAAGAUUGUUUUUUAAAAUCUGCGCUGAAAUGUGGCACAAUAAAAGACAGCCUUUAUCGUUCCACUUUUCAACCUGCCGCCGAAUUCUCAUCUCAAAACGAGACUAAUACAACCGUUAUCUCUCAGGGUCGCUCGGAAGAAUAACAGCAGGAAAACAAGUCUGCACGGGCGUAAUCAGAUCACGUGACAAUAGCAAAAAACAAUUAAAUAUUUAUUUUACGUAUUUUCUGUUGCAACAGACUGGAAACCAACACGCCACGUCUUCUUUGGUUCUCCUGGAGACGUUUCCAUCUUAAAAUAAAGAGUUGAUCUCAAAUUUGAAUUCCCUUUUUAGAGAAAUGUAUCGUAGCUCUCCAGACAUGUAUAUCAGUACCAGUACUCCCCCGGGUUUUUUUUUUUCUUUUUUGGGGGUGGGGUUAUUUUUUUGACUGCCAAUAUUUAAAACACUAUAGCAUGAUGUUACUCUGUAGCAAGAUUAACUUUAUUUCGUCAUACCCCCCCUCCCCCACACACCCCCUUUAAAAUGUUGUGUUUUCUGUUUGUAUUUAAUUACUUGUUCAUAACCACAGAGGGUCGUGUACAUCAACGUUUUGUGAUCAGAAAUCACAUCCCUGCAGUUAAACUCUUUAAUAUUCAUCAUUUCACUGUAGUUAUGUGACUAUGUUAGCCUCUGAUUUGUAUAAAGCACUCUUUAUUGUUUCCACAAGUGUUUUUUUUUUGGCUGUUUUUGAAUGGUGCUAGAUGUCAUUUAUGACAUAUUAUGCAAUGGGUGCAUAUCAGGGCCUUUUUGAAUUAUCUGUACACAACACAAGGAUCUGGAUUUUGGUGUGACAGCACAAAAUCAGUCCCCCCCCCCUCUUUUUAUGGGUUUUAAAAUAAAUAUAUAUAUAUAAAUAUAUUUAUAUGUCAUAAUAAUCCCCCAACAUGGUCACUUAAAUAGAUCUGGAAAGAGAAGACCAGCUUGUUAAAAGUGCAUGAAAAAUGUUUGUUUCUUAUUAUAUGAACUCAUGACAUGUAAGUAUUUUAGAAAGUUGUAUAUGCAACCAACUCCCCUCCAGUUUUCUCAUUCAUGUCCAGGUGUCAGAGACAUUAUGAGCAGUAGACAGAAAGUCUGCAGCAUGUUGGUGGAUGGUUUGCUGCACUGUGUCUCUAGUUUACUGUUGCCUCCUUUUUUUUUUAAAAAGAAAAAAGGAAGGCCCGAUGUUAUUACUUCCUUUCUUUCUCCCCUUUAUGUAAUUACAAUUAUCUACAUAUUUUUUCUUCCUUUAAGUAGCAGUUAGUCCCUCAAUGUCUGUUUUUGAAAUUGCCCCAUUUGAUACAGUAUUUUAGUAUUUGGCAAGGGUUUUUUUUUUUUUUUACUUAAUUUUUUCCAUAGGGGUGGGUUACAGGGAUUAAUGACAUGUGCAUAAGCCAAUUACAUUUUAUGAUUUUUUUUUGAUUAAUGUUGAUAGUUUUUCUUUCUUCCUCUCCCCCUCACCUAUCCUCUGUCUUUUUUCUCCUCUCUCUCUUUACACAUUGUAAAGUCAGCCAGAUGACAAACAGUUCUGAACAGCAGAAAUAAAUUCAAUAAA